AUGCAACAAGGUCAAGAAGAGAUGAGGUUAGCACAAGAAAGGUUUGAGAAAGAGGCGAAUGAAGGAGGUGAACUGCCCUUAGAAGAUGUUCAAGGUGAUGGAAAGGUAGAGGAAGUAGAGAAGGUGAAGCUGGAAGGUGCCCCAAAAAGUCUCCCAACAAAAGAAAGAGAUGAGGAAGGUAAGACCAGUCCUUUGCCACCACGAACUUCCCCUGCCGCCAUCACACCCGCCGAGCCAGGGUCAGCAUCCUCUCUCGCUGCUCAGCCUAGGAGCGCGAAUCCUCAGAAAGAACGAAGUGAGAAGUCUUCUGCUGGUCUUACCGCGAUGGCAAUGACACCUGGAGUAGUUGACAUGAACAAGAAAGUGGAGGAGACCUUCGUUUUUGGAAGCCGAAGAAGCCAGAAUGUCGGCUGA